CUCCAUCAUCAACAACACCACCUAAAUCAACACACCGCAUCCACCUCAUCAUGAUCUCAAGAACCACCACACGUGCCUUCAGAGCUGCGCAGCUUCAAGGCAGAGUCAGCCAGAAUGUCACCAAACGCGCCGCUCGCCGCACAUACGCGACCGAGACCACCACGACCAAUGCCAAUGCCGGCGGACUCGGACCUGGCUUCGUCGGCGGUCUGAUGGGAGCCGGAGCUGUCCUCGUCGGUGGAUACACCUGGUACCACUUUUCAGGAGUUAAGACCGCCGUUCAGACCGCCAAAGCUGCAAAGGGCUACGUCGACUAUGGCAGCGAGCAAUUGAAGGCUCAGCUGGCCGCUGCUACCCCAAACUCCGCCGACGAUGUCAUCAGCAAGCUCAAGGAGAUCAGCAUGCAGUACGCCGGAUGGGUGCCCGGUGGUAAGGCAUUCGUCGACAAGUCGUUCAAGGACCUCGAGGCGAUUCAAGAGAAGCACGGCGAUGAGGUCAACAAGAUUGUCAAGGCCACAUACGAGGAGCUGAAGGAGGUCUCGCAGAAGAAGGGCACUAGCAUGGAGACCGCGAAUGAUGUGUGGACCAUUCUGUCUCGUCGCUUCGCAGAGUUGGGUUCAUUGGCGGGUGAUGCUGCACAACAAAUCAUUGACAACCAUCCUGAGGUCAAGAAGAGAGUUGGUGGCUCCAUCGACCAGCUGAAGGAUCUUGGUGACCGCUACGGCCCAGAGGCGAAGCAGAAGGUCGACGAGACUUUCAGCGAGGUUUCCAGCAUCGCCAAGAACGGCUUCUCUGCCGACACAGCCGACAAGAUUAGGAAGUUGGUGCAGGAGAAGGUCGAGGAAAUCAAGAAGAUGGGCGAGGAGACCUGGAACAAGGCGCUCGAGGAGCAGAUCAAGCCUGCGUUGGAGAAGAACCCACAGGUGAAGAAGCUUGUUGAGGAGAACAUGGACACCCUGAAGAAUGGCAACAUCUCCGAGGCGGUGCAGAAGGUGACCAAGGCUGUGUCUAGUGGAGAUACUUCAGAGCUCGAAUCGUGGGUGAAGGACUCCGCCAACAAGGCUCAGAACUUCUCCAGUAGCACCAUGACAAAGUGGCUCAGCAUGAUCCCCGGCGGUUCGGAAAUCAUGCCUCAGCUCCAGAAGCUGCGCGCAAUCGCCGAGGCUAAGGGACCACAGGCCGAGCAGUUGACCAAGGACACCAUUGCCGAUUUGAAGAAGGUGCUAGAGAGCCGCAGCAAGCAGGCUGAGAGCUUGGCGCAGGAGGCGAAGAACCAGGCGGAGAAGUAGACAAAUUCGACAUCGACAGGUGGAUACGAACAGUGUAUGAGUGGUUUGAGGUGUGUCACCAGCGAACGAGCGAGCGAUGAAGCAUUGCAAAGGCGAUCAAGGCGUUUGAGCAAUUGUAUAUAUACCUGAGAACGAAAGAAGAUCCUACUAAGGCAUACACC